GGUGUGUGGUCAUGUGUGGAGUCUUCACCGGACCGUUUACCGUCAUUUACAGGGUUAACGGUGGAGCUACGGGCAUAUUACUGUUCUCGGCGCCUGUCUUGUUGAUAUAUUUGUUAAUGUUUAACUACGGCAAAGUUGCACGAAGCAAAAAACCCGUUAGAGACUUGGAAGUUGUUCCUUGCACAGUGACAGCCGAAGCAAACACGUAUAACGUUAGAGAGCACACUGACGUUAACAGAGCUCCUUUUCAAAUCUUCAUUUUAAAGUUAUUAAAGGCAGAAUGGCCGCCCUGCGGGCAGCAAAGCAGGCCCUGAGGAGAGAAAUAAAGCGGCGGGUUGCAGCGUUGACUGACGAAGAGAAACAACGACAGUCUCUAGUCGUUUCACAGAAGCUGUUCAGACACCCCAAGUAUGUGUCCUGUAAGCGGAUUGCAGUGUUCCUCAGCAUGAACGACGAAGUGUGCACUAAGGAAAUCAUCAAAGACGUGUUUAAAGCGGGUAAAAGCUGCUUCAUUCCCAGGUAUGAGAGCAGCAGCAGCCACAUGGACAUGUUAGAGCUCAACAGUCUGCAGGACAUGGAGUCACUGCCUCUGACAUCCUGGAACAUCCAACAGCCUGCUGAAGAUGACAACAGCAGAGAGGAAGCACUGGCUGCAGGAGGCCUCGACCUAAUCUUGAUGCCAGGCCUGGGGUUUGACCAGUUGGGGAGGCGUCUGGGACGGGGAAAGGGUUUCUAUGACACCUAUUUGGAGCGCUGCAUCCGACACCCAAAAGGAAAGCCCUACACCAUCGCCUUGGCCUACAAAGAGCAGCUGUGUCAGGAAAUCCCUGUCGACGACAACGAUGUGCUCAUAGAUGAAGUCCUAUAUGAGGAUAAUGAGUAGCUACUAAACCAGAGUGGUGGUCCAGGAACUCUGGCUAUGUUUACAUUCCAAAGUCAUUCAAUGGUUUCACCUGGGUUUGUCAUUCUUUUUUACUGCAGACAUUUUGACCAUAGUAGAAACAGCCCAGGUGGAACUAAUACGACUAAUAGUGGCCUAUUGGAAUACUGCCAUCAUUAAUGUCAUUAGUUGUGUUUUUCCUGCUAUGAAAUAUUAUCUGUUUUUGCAUCAUACAGGUUAAUGUACUAAUUCAAUGGCUAGAUGAUGAAUCCUGAUAUUUUGUGACAAUAUUCUGCUCUUUAUGUCAUCCUGAUGUUGUCAUAAAGAUCAAUUCAAAGGCAGGUUUUGCUAACCACUAAAUACUUACAAUGUAGAACUCAUUUACAACAAACAAUGGAGAAUUAAAUGAAGUGCAAAUAAAGUUGUAUUAAGAAA